CCAAUGUCUACUUUUUCAGUGUGGCAGAUAUUUGUCAGGGGUUAAGGAAUGGCACAAAGUUGCUCAGAGGGGAGGUACUUGGACAGGCUGGUACGAGAGUGUGUGUCCUGCAGCGAGCUCUGUCGUAAUUCUGUGAUUCUCCCACGCUGCUCAGAAUAUUGUGUGGCCUGGAGAUGCAAAUCUGUGCCUGGUCAGUUCUAUGACAGACUGCUGAAGAAGUGUUUGAAGUGCUCUGAUAUGUGUGGCACUCACCACUCAGCCUGCUCAGGAGUGUGCAAGACAACAAACGCUUUGUCCAUGACGCAGAGGCCUAACCGUGUGUCUGCAGUACAGCUUUUCACCACCAGAGGACGGUCGGCAGUCCGAUCAGAGCUGUACUCAGAGGUGCUGAUUUAUUCUCUGCUAGGUCUGUGUGUAGCAGUACUCAUGUGCACUCUGACCGCAGCCGUACUGGUUGUGCUAAAGAGAGCAAAGAGCCACCAAAAGGAGAACCAGCAGCCAAACAAACAUGGACAGUCAUCUAAAGAUUCUCUGAUGGCUCGGGGUGAUAAUGUAUCUCAGGAGGGCAGUGUGAAUCAGGAAAGACCGAAGGCAACAGAAACCUGUGUUUAUUGUUUCUCUGACCACACGAGGGCGCCACACGUGGUUUACCAGCAGGCCGGACCUCAGCACUCUGCUCCCGGCGCAUGUCAGGACAACCGUCGCCAAGACAACCAUUACCACGACAACGGACCGCUUAAUCAUCCAGCUAAUAUUAAUUACGAUAAGACAAGAUCCUUCGGAAUUAUAUGUUCACCUACACAAACAAGCAUGUGAAUAUCAGAUCAGACCAAAUAUUUGUGCUGUAUGUUAAGGCUAUAGACUGAAUGAUGUUUGGUUGAAUAUUAAAAACUGGUUGUAUUGCACAUGUUUAUUUCUUUAAUUCCCAUGGAAACUGAAAUGUAAUUUAGUUUUAACAAACGCUACAUUAAAUAAAGCACUGAUUGCCAACAUGA